AAGGGGGAUAAGUCAGUCAUGAGACGAAAACAUGAAGGAAGAAGUCAAUGAUCGAUGAGGCAUCGACUCUUCACCAAAGCAGUGGCCAGCUGUGCUGCUAAGUUUGUGAACGGAGCAGACGCAGAGUGACCGGUUCCAGUCAGUUACUCAUACUGCAGCAUCUUUCAUCUUCUGCCAUCAUCUGAUGAGGCACGACUUGCACCAUUCUCCUGACAUAAGAAAGAGUAAAGUGUACUCAAAAUGUCUGUCAAAGGUACCCAGAACAAGAAAAAGAAUUUUCACAUUGACGAGUCUGAACUUCUGUGCAAAAAUGGGUGCGGGUUCUAUGGCAACCCGGCUUGGCAAGGAUUUUGCAGCAAAUGCUACAGAGAAGUGUACACGCCAGCGAAGCAAGCGCAGAUGCAACACGAUGCAGCCAAAGCAUCGGAACCUUCUCCAGUUGCAAAGAAAGUCCUUGCUCUGGCCGAUGUGAAGGCAUCAUUUUCCCGAUUUGAGGAGAAGAAGACACAGCAAGUCAACAAAAGGAGUAACACUUUCAAGUCUUUCCUCCGCAAGACGCCUAACAAAGCAGAGAAUCAAGCUAGUCAAGGAACGAAAGAACCCCGCAGAGCUAGUUCGGAGAGCCAAAAAAUCGGUGGUGAAUUUGCCGAGUUUCUCAGAUCUUUGUGCAGGAAACCUGCUGCUGUUGAGAUAUCUAAGCAGGUUCGAGGAUUUAUUGAACGGAUACAGUACAAUCAGGAUGUGAACAUACUGGAUUUAUCCGAGAUGGUGCAAGAUUUUUAUGGCAUUUUGUCUGAUAAACUAAAUACUCAACCGGUGUUCAGAGGUUUCUCCCAAGAAGUGAUUGAGAAGAUACUGGACUACACAGAGAGGUACAUCCUCACUCGCCUCUACCCGUCCAUCUUCUACUCCCUGACCAUGACGGACGAGGAGAGGGACCUGGCCAUCCAGACCCGCAUCCGCAGCCUUCACUGGGUCACCGCCACCCAGCUGGACACUCUGAUCAACGAGAACGACCCAACCAUUCGGCACGAGCUGGACAGUGCAAUCACAGACAUCAUAGAGCUGGACUCGAAGCGAGCCACGCAGGACAAGCUUCAGUGCAUCGUGAGCUGCAGCAAGCACAUCUUCGAGGUUCUGCGCCAGUCGAAGCAAGGGCCGGCCAGUGCCGACGAGUUCCUGCCCGCCCUCAUCUAUAUCGUGCUCAAGGCCAACCCGCCCCUGCUCCAGUCCAACAUCCAGUACAUCACGCGCUUCGCCAACCCCACGCGCCUCAUGAGUGGUGAGGAGGGAUACUACUUCACCAACUUGUGUUGCGCGGUCUCCUUCAUCGAGAGUAUCAACGCAGACUCUCUGAACCUGAGCACCACAGAGUUUGACCGCUACAUGUCCGGGGAGGCAGUGCCGCCGGGCGCGGGGAACGAGCACCUGUGCCAAGGGCUGCGACUCAUGUACGAGAACCUGCGCGUGCUGGGCGAGCUGCGACAGAGGCAGGAGAAGGUGAUGGCCGAGGCGCUACAGCUGCAGGCUGACAUGAACCAGUUCAAGGAGACCUUCACCCUCCGCGUCAACAAGACCUUGGAGAGGACGCCGCUCACCAUUCGGCCACGGAAGGUCAAGGUCGAUUUGGACGCUGAAUUUUCCGGGAGCAACAGUAAUCUCCCUUCACCGCUCAUCCCGAUGAGGGUUCACGUUAUCGGUGAUAGUGGUGGGUCUGCGCUGGAGGUUGAGGCUGGCGACGACGUUUCUUCCGAGGACAAAGAAAACGUGGAGGAUGAAGCCGCCCCUCAAGAGGAAGUGAGUCAUCGCUCUCCCGAGAGUGCAGCGGUGGUGAAUUUCGACGUGGUGUCGGUCGUCGCGGAAGGGAAGGCGACUUCGUCGGGCGCGGAGGAGUCGAGUCUGGAGCUGUCCUUGUCAGCGGCGCACCAUCAUCUGAUGGGGGGGGAGGAGGACAUGAGCCAAACCAUUAACGAUAUUCUCUUGGGGAGUGACGGAGACGACAGCGAGGACGCUAGCUGUGACAUCACAGAUGACCUUGACGAUGACAUGGACACGGGGACCAGCGAGAUGGCGGCGGGCGUGACAGACGCGACGAUAGAUGGAGGAGUCGGUGGCGAGAUUCCCCCGCGGGACGUACACGACACAGAUCAAGAAAUGGCGGCGCAGCACGAGGUCGCGGCCGAGGUGGUUGUGAAUGCGGGGCAGGCGGAAGGUCAGGGUUGAGCGGAAGGUCA